UGCCCUAAUCUUAGGCACUUGGGCCUUAGUUUGUGGGCCAACAUUACCUGGACUAGUGGGCCACGGCCCUGGAGACCUUUAGGCCCAUGUUCGCCUCUGAGAUCAAGCAGCAUAUCCAUGGCACUUCGUUUCCUCUGUCUCACACUCAGACUCACUCCAUUGUGAGUCCACCAUGGAUACCUUGAACACCUUCGCCGUCAUCACUCUCCUCCUACUCCCACUGCUUCUCGCCCUAGCGCAAGACGUACGACGUCGGCGUCACCGGAACCCGCCGGGGCCGACGGCUCUCCCCGUCAUCGGCCACCUGCACCUGUUCAGGAAGCCCCUCCACCGCACCCUGGCGCGCCUCGCUGCUCGCCACGGCGCCGUCUUCCAGCUCCGGUUCGGUUCCCGCCGCGUCGCAGUCGUGUCGUCUGCCGAGGCCGCCGAGGAGUGCCUGGGCGCGCGCGACGUCACGUUCGCCAACCGGCCGCGGCUUCCGUCGGGCGGGAUCCUCUCCUACGACUGGACCACCAUGGGCACGGCCAGCUACGGGCCCUACUGGCGGCACGUCCGCCGCAUCGCCGUCACCGAGAUCCUCUCCGUGCUCCGGGUGCAGCAGUUCGCCGACGUGCACGAGCGCGAGACGCGGGCCAUGGCGCGGGGCCUCUACCGCGCCGCGGCCUCGACGACCCGGGGCGGCCGCGCGCGGGUGGAGCUCAAGUCGCGGCUGUUCGAGCUGCUCAUGAACGCCAUGAUGGGGAUGAUGUGCGCGAGGAGGUACUACGGCGGCGACGGUAAGGAGGACGACGAGGAGGAGACGACAGCGGCGGGGGUGAGCGAGGAGGCGCGGUGGUUCAGGGAGAUGGUGGAGGAGACGAUGGAGCUGAGCGGCGCGUCGACGGCGUGGGACUUCCUGCCGGCGUGGGCACGGUGGCUGGACGUGGGCGGGGUGGGGCGCCGGCUGUGGCGGCUGCGGGAAGGCCGGACCAAGUUCUUGCAGGGGCUGAUCGAGGAGCAGAGGAAGGAGAUGGAGAAGGGCGCGCCGGCGAGGAGGACCAUGAUCGGAGUGCUGCUCACGCUGCAGAACGAGGACCCCGAGGCCUGCCCGGACCACCUCAUCCGCACCUUGUGCAUUAGUUCCCUUGAAGCUGGAACAAGUACUUCAGUGGAUACAGUGGAGUGGGCGAUGUCCCUCCUGCUGAACCACCCUGCCGCGCUGACAAGAGCUCAAGAAGAAAUCGAUGCAUGCAUAGGGCAACCGGCGGUGCGCCUACUCGAGGCGACCGAUCUCCCAAAGCUGCACUACCUUUGGUGCAUCAUCAUGGAGACAUUCCGUCUAUACCCGCCGGCGCCGCUUCUCGUUCCUCAUGAAUCCUCAGCUGACUGCACGGUAAGCGGGUUUCACAUACCCAUGGGGACAAUGCUCCUGGUGAAUACGUUUGCAAUCCACAGGGAUCCUGAACUAUGGGAUAGACCUGCAAGCUUCAUCCCAGAAAGGUUUGAGGGUGGGAAUAGUGAAGGCAAGAUGUUCAUCCCAUUUGGUAUGGGAAGGAGACGAUGCCCAGCGGAGAACUUGGGCAUGCAGAUGGUAGGCCUUGCUCUAGGGACUAUGAUCCAGUGCUUCAAUUGGGAAAGAGUGGGAGAGGAUCUUGUGGACAUGACCGAGGGAUCUGGUUUAACAUUGCCCAAAGAGGUGCCACUGGAGGCCUUCUAUGAACCCCGCGCUUCCAUGGUUAAUCUGCUUUCGGAGAUUGAGUUAGAAGUGUUGUGAUGAGUUUCAUAAUAAGUUUUAUUGCUAGAGAUCAGUGGUUAAUCGCAGAUGGCAUGUUUAUGUGGAUCUUGUGAAUUAAACUCAUAUGCAUCCACAUGUUUUUCAACAAGAACCUAAACAAACAACUUGAAUUGUUC